GGGCCCUCUCUGCACGCCUUCUCCGGGGUCAGGCGGCAAAGGAGGAUCGCGGCGAUGGCUCCGAGCAAGGAAUGCGGGACGGAAGGAACCCUCGGCCGCGGGGUCCGCAAAGGCAUCCGGGCUGUGCUGCUCGGGCCGCCUGGGGCGGGGAAGGGGACCCAGGUGAGGGGACCCAGGCGUCCGGGAUUCCCAGCCCCUCCCCGAGGGAACUUCCCCAGUUCCCCCGCUCCUGUCCUUUUCUUUCUCCCGUUUGGCUGUGGAGGGUCCAGCAGCCGCGCUGCGUGGUCCCCAGUCGACCCUCUUUGCCCCUUACUCGCUUCCUCUAAGGAACCCAGGAGUCCGGGAUUCCCAGGCUGUGCAGGGACCCCCUUUCCAGCGCAGGACGUUUCCCAGAAACAUUUUUAUUCCAGCAAGUCCCCCCGCCCCCGAAUGAAUAGGACUUUGCCGCAAGUUCCUGCUUUGUAGGGCUUUAGUACUACUUUAAACGUAACUGCCGAGUUUUUUGUUUAGUUUUGAGUAAAACUGCCAUAGCCAGGAGUAGCUGUUGCAUAGGGUGAGAUUUAUUUAUUUAGUGCUUCUCCCCCUCAUUAAAUCCCCACAACAACCCUAUGAGGUGGGUAGGCUAGACUGGGAGGCAAUGGCCGGCUCAAGGUCAGCCAGUGAGCUUCAUGACUGAGCAGGGAUUUGAAGCCUGGCUCCCAAGGCCUAGUCUGAAACUAACCACUACACAACACAUGCCCAUACCCUGAAAGAAAGAAAAGUGUGUGUGAAGCUGUGGGGACUUUUUUCUAUCCCAUGUUGUAGAGGGAGGUUUACUUCCUGUGGAAGAUGUGCAGCCUUAGAUGUUGCAGCAUAUGUAAGCCGCUGCAUUUAAAGCUGGGGUGUCAAAAACAGAAAGUUGUUUGGAGUAGGACUUUAUAUGCUGUGUGAAUAAACCAUCUCUCUCCUUUGCCCCAGCUAAUCUACGUUCUGCUCUGUUGCAAGGCAAGCAGCUUGCCCUUUGUACAGUGCUGGGUGGGGCACUAUCACAUGUCUGAAAUAAUUUCUUGCAAAACUGGCUUCCAGCUGCUUGCCUGUCUAAAAACCAUCAGCAUUCUUUAGUGUAUAAAAACUGUGGGCCUGGGCAAAGUAGCGUGCCCUGAAGGAAUGGCUGCCCUGCUGCAAGAAGUGAACAAAUUACAAAAGCCUCUCGUGCUCACUCGGAGGAGGUUGUCCUCAGUGUCUGUGUAUGCGCUCACUGCUUUGACUUUGCUUCCUCCCUGUCAGGCUCCCUCAUAUCUGCAUUGGAUGCCACUUGAUUGCACCUGAUAGCAGAAUUCUUUGCUGUCAGUCGACUGAUCCUUGUGUCUCUGUAUGAGUCCGUGGUCUGGACUUGCCUCCUUCCAGUCGUUCCCAAAAGGAAAAGGAAAAUCCCUGUAUGAGUGAAGUGGGCUUCCCAGUUUUAAUGCAGGAGGGAGUGUGCUUCAGUUACCAACAAUUUAGGAAACAUGUUAGCAUAUCUGUUCAGAGCGGGAGAAGGACUUUCACUCUGAUGCAUUUGAGGGGGAUGGAAGUUCAAAGUUUGGAGGAGCAAACUUGUUCUCCAUUAUUCCAGAGGGCAGGACUAAAACCAAGGGGUGGAAAUUUCAGGGGAAAAGAUUUUAACUACACUUUUGGAGAGACGUCCUAAGAGGAAUGCUUUGGGAGGUGGCGGUCUCUCCUUCAUUGGAGGUAUGUAAACAGGUACUGUACAUCUGCCAGUCACAAAUGAAGUAGUUGCAUCCUGCAUUGAAAAGCGGUUGGACUAGAUUGACCUUCAGAGGUUGUUGGACCACAGCUCCCAUCAUCCCCAGAUAGUUUAGUAGUCGGUGGUCGGAGGUGGUGGGAGUUUGUAGUCCAGCAACAUAUGGAGACAGCUGAAAAACAUUGGACUAGGUAACCUCCUAGGUCUCUACUGGUUCUAUGACUCAAUCCUAAAAUCCAGAAUAAAUUAUCCAGAGCUGUUGUAGGGCCAUCUUUGCUUUCCCUUACUUGCUUCUUGGUUCUUACUGGGGUUUCCAUUUCUUCCCUCACAGGCUCAUCCUGCAUCCCUUUCUCACUAGCAAUCUCUGACACCACUGAGUCAAUCAGUUUAUCCCCCAAAGCAAUUCUUAUAAUCCAGGCUUCCUUCUUCCAACAGGGGAAGGGCCAUAGUAGAGCAUCUGUGCAUGCAGGAGGUCCCAGGUUCAGUCUCCAGUGUCUCCAUGUAGGGCUGGGAGAGAACGAAGCUAGAUGGACUCAGUGGUCCAGCUUUCGCUGCAGGCUUUAGUGCAAAAAGUACAUUCACACACCUGGCACAGUAAAGCUUCUACCGUAUUGUAGUGGUCAUGUGAACGUAUUUUCUAUGUACCGGUAAUUCAAUUAUAUGCACCAAAAUUAUUUCCUACAGUUGCUGCUCUGAAUUUCCCCCUAAAGUUUCCUUUGUUCUUUCCCGUGCAGGCCCCUCGGCUAGCUGAGGCCUAUUGUGUGUGUCACUUGGCGACAGGCGACAUGUUGAGAGCUAUGGUGGCUUCUGGCUCGCCGCUGGGCAAAAAGCUGAAGCAGACGAUGGAUGCUGGAAAGCUGGUAGGUACAGAGGGGUCGUUGCCACUGAGCCAUUCCCUUUGGCCAUAUUCUUUAAAUAGCUUCUGUGGUUUUGAAAACUGUUCUGUAAAUUGAGUAUUGGCACCAGCUGAUGCCGUAAUGAUGUUCUUUGGCCUCUGAUUUAUGUGACGGAGAAUUGGAAACGAUUUGGAAACGGUGGUGUGCUGAACGUGUCCACGGAGUUUUGGAGUUGAGCACAGAACCUCUGUGGACACGUUCAGCACAGCGCCCGGUGGAGUCGUGUCACACAUCGCCCUGGGCAUGGAUUUUGAUUUAUGAACUGGUUGCAGGAAGUGAGGCUUGGUGUUCCAAUUGCAUUGCCUUCUUUUCUUUUUUGUUCAAGUAGUUUUCCUGGAGUUCCUGGCUAAAGAAAUUUGAGUGCCUCUUUACCUUUUAAAUUUAUCAUCGUACAGUUUAGAUUUCCUGAUUGCUGUGAUAAAAGCAAUCUAGCUUACAAACUAGGAAGAAUUGGUGGGAAGCAAAUGUUUUCUGUCUUCCUUUCCGUCCAUCUCCACCCUUUCCUGGUCAUUGUGUGAAAUGUUUCAUGUCUAAAACCUUAAUGAAAUGACAUUAUUUGAAGCAACAAAAAAUAUUUCAACUAGGAAUAGUCUAGUCUAGCCUUUGCUAGCCUGGUGCCCUCCAGAUGUUUUGGACCUCUACACCUGUUAGCCCCAGUCAAAACAUCAGAAGGGUUCCAGGUUGGCAAAUGCACCUCUGUAAAUUUCAUUUAGCUCAUUUAGCUGCUGUUUGACCUUUUACAAAUAAUACUUUGGAUCAAAGUGUACAUAUUCCAGUUUUAUGCCAGCAGCUGAACUGAUGAAAGAUGCCUUUUUGCCCUCUCUGUUUGCUUUGUAGACAUCUUUAGACCAAGACUUGGUGUCUAGGACCACAGUCCAAUAGGGCUCACUUAGGACUGUGAGCCCUAUUGAAUCGAAUAGGAUUUACUUCUUCGUUGACAUGGUUAGGGUUGCAUGUGGAUGGCUUCUUCUCUUUGCCUGCAUUUUGUUGUGUCAUAGCUGGUGGCCUUCCAAACAAGACUUUGUUCAGAGUUACAGUUUUAGAGCAUGACUGUGAUGGAUAAUGCUUAUCUGUUUCGUUCAAGCCACCACUGUUAUUAUCAGUGGCCUAAGACAUCCAAGAGCACUGUGGGCAUGGCUGGAUAUUCUAGAUAAUGUGUUUUUUUACCUGGAGCCAAUAAGCUGCGUUGACUGCACACCACACCCAGGUCUUGAGAUGGGAGAUAACAGUAGCUUUUUCAGUACUGAGAACUACAUCAGAAACUUAUAUAUGUAUUUCUGGUGCAUAGGAAUAAACGGAAAUUUAAAAUCUGAAGCUUUCAUGAAAGUUAUAGGUGGGAGGGAUCGUAAGGUCACAUAGUUCAAUCUUUAGCUGGGAGUAGGAACACCAGAGCACUGACCCUUGACACUGACAGUCCUCUUCCACCCCCAGCCACAUUCAGGCUGCACAAUUUCUGUGUCGUGGUGCACUUUGAAUAGAGAGGGCUUGCAAUUGUGGGGAUGUUGCUUUGGUUCUGUGGCUCCUCUUUUGAAAUCAAAGGUGCAAUAUUGCACUAGCCGUUGCAUAAACUGGGAUAUCCUGAGUGCAACACAAGGUCUUAAAGCUAUCCUUUCUGCCUUCUUGUUUUCUGAUCCUUCAGUGUGUUUGCACUUCUAGUUUCAAACUUACUUUAUAGCCGCAAGGACUUCUUGAAAGAAAAAAAUAUUGUGGGUAGGGUAAGCAUGUUUGACAUGCUGGUGACACUGUAUCAAGACUUCAUUUCUCUCUCUCUCUCUCUCUCUCUCUCUCUCCCCCCCCCCAUCCCACUCCAAAUUGUAAGGUGAGUGAUGAAAUGGUGGUGGAGCUGAUUGACAAAAACCUGGAGACGCCCUCCUGCAAGAAUGGUUUCCUUUUGGAUGGGUUUCCUCGCACAGUGCGACAAGCAGAGAUGGUACGUGAUUCCUGAUACCUGCCCUUGGAUCUUCUAAGAUUGGGAAUAAGAGUUUCCAGCAGUGCCGCUGCAUUAGUCUGUGGCAGCAGAACCAGCCAAGAGUAUUGUGGCACUUCAAAGAUUUAUCAUGGCAGAAGGUUGCAUGGGCUACAGCCCACUUCAUCAUAUGAAGUGUUAUCCAGAGUUCAGGUGUGUGUAACUGUAAACACUUGAGGAUAAAAUGAAAUGAAAAGCAGAAAAGUACAUAUGUUAUUAACAUUGGCCAUUAAUCAACCAACAAAACAAAACACUUGCUGAUAGUGCAGACAUCCUGCUCUUGGUUAACACAUGCACAGUGGUACCUCUGGAUGCGAACGGGAUCUGUUCUGGAGCCCCGUUCACAUCCUGAGCAGAAUGCAACCCAUGUCUGCGCAUGCGCCGUUUUGAAAUUUCUUUGCUCCACCAUAGCUGCCUUAAGGUCAGUUAUAUUAGAUGGUAGCUAAAUAAUUUCUACUCAUAGAACUUACUUAAGCUGCUCAUGUCCAUUAAUUUCAAUGGGCCUAGCCUGAGUAGGACAAAUAUUAGAUGGAACACAGAGUGUACUGGGAAGUUGAAAUGUUCCCCUGCUGGUUUUUGUAUAUUUCCAUUUCCUGAUGUCAGGUUUGCAUCCGUUUCUUCUUUUCUGUUGAGCUUGGCUGUGUAGAAUGCAAAAGAGCAUUGCUGCCAGAGGACGACAUGUAGCAAACUGGAAGAUGAACAAGUGAAUGAACCUUUGACAUUGGAAGUUACUGUGACUGUGUUGCUAGAUUAGAAACAAGGACAUUGCUGGCAUCUGGGCUUGCCACCAGGUCUGGACCCUGGCAACACUAUUGUACAAAGGAUAUUUAUCACAGUGCCUGUGUUAAUUGGCUUGUCAAUGCCCUGGAUGUCUGUGUUAUCAGCAACAACUUAAUUUUCUGAAUGGUCACUGUUAAUGACAUACUUAUCCCUUUCACUUCAUUUUGACCUCACUGCUGGCAAAGACCACACUCCCUUCCCCAGCAACCAUGAGUUACAACUAAGGACAGUGCUUCUGCAUCUGAUGAAGUGGAUUGCAAACUACAGAAGGGAGCUAUUUUGUAACGCCCCACAGUAAAGUGGGAGGAGAUGGCCGCAUAGAUGGAGAUCAUUUAUUUUGCAAUGGCUCAGUCUGGGCUCCAUUGCUGAGCUCCAGGCCUGCUGAGGGUCCAGCUGCCUUCAUUUUUUAUUGUUUCAGAGGAGAUUUUUUUAGGCCUGAAUCCACUCAUUCUGUGCAUUUCAAAAGUAGUUCUUCUUUCCAUUCUCUUAAAAUGCUGCAGCUGGAUGAGCUCAUGGAAAAGAGAAAAGAGAAACUAGAUUCUGUCAUUGAAUUCAGUGUUGCUGACUCCUUACUCAUCCGGAGAAUCACUGGACGGUAACUGCCACUUCCUUUGGGGAAACUGGGGUGGGGGUGGGGAGGGGAGUUUCCAUAUGCUGAGCCACUCAGAAAAGCUAGGUGCUGCAUGUUACAACCUUUAUAAAACAAAACUAGGAGUGCAGUGUUGUGCAACGUGUGGGGAGCAGAUAGCUCUUGCUUGCAGUGCUAAUGAGAAUUACAAGGAAACCCUUUGUUGAAAAAGUACAUGUGUUCUGUUCACUCCCCCCAUUAAAGUUUAUGUUUUUGUUCUGUAUAUUCUACAGCAGGGGUCACCAACCUUUUAAGCCUGUGGGAACAUUGGUGUUUUUGAGUGAGUGCCAUGGGUACAAUCUCUUCUGGCCACUUAUCUCUCCCCUCCUGUAAAUCUUAAACAAACACACACACACACACCCCACACAAGAGACAGAAAGAGAGAAAGUGUGCUUUUCCAAGGGAGCUGGUUAGAAGUUGGAUCCAGUAGAAAACCUGAGCGUUGAAAAACACAUAAAGCUGAAAGAGGAAGUGGGAUAGAGUGUCAAUCCUCCAGCUUCCUCCUUCCGCUCCAUGUACAACCUCCACUAGCCUUGCUUUCAAUCUCAUAACGGAAGAGGCAGUAACACCUUUGCACCCAUGGGCAUCGCACUGGCAAGUCCUGUUCUGGAGAACAGGUCCCAGGGCACUGUCUGAGGGCACAUGAUGCAUUCUGCAGUGUUGUUUUCUGAAGCUGAUGGGAGCAGGAUUCCCACCAACAUCUGGAGUACCACAGGUUCCCUACCUCUGCUGUGGUGUCUCCCCACCCCACCCCAUUUAAAACUUAUUUCGUAGCUAUACAUCGAACCUAAGAGGGUUUUAAAUAUGGUUAGUCUGGAUGGAGGAAUCCUGUGUUGUCAUCUUGUGUUCUCUGAUGGAAGAAAGGUGUUUUUAAUUAAAAAAACCAGUGGUCUCAAUCCAAGGACUGACCACCUGUUUAGAUUCACUGAUGCUGCAGCAUCAGCCCUAAUGCCUGAUCCAAAUGCUUGUAGUCCUAGUUCUGAAGAAAAUUCUCCUCCAUAACUCCUCCCCUUGACCGGCUCUGAAAUGCACUCGACUGACUGCUGUGGUCUCUUUCAGGCUCAUCCACCCAGCAAGUGGCCGCUCAUACCAUGAAGAAUUCCAUCCUCCUAAGGUCCACAUGAAGGAUGAUGUAUGUAACCUUCCCAUUUUGAUUUUCCCUUUUGGGGCUCCAUUCAAUAUGCCUUUGAUUGUUCUGUGAUGCCUUCAGGAGGCUGGAUAGACUUAUUUAAUUUAUUUUAAUUUAAUACUGUAAUUUUUAAAAAUGGUCUUGCUGUGGCUUCAGUCUGCAGUUAAGUCUUGACUGGGUCAUUCAUUCAGAACCAAAACUGAAUUCCCAAUUGACUUGAUGGAUAUUGCUUUUAGACUUGGGAUCCUCUGAUAAUUUUGCAGUUUAAUCGAAUCAGAAGUGCAGAUCUGAACAUAUCUCUAGCUUCUGCAGAAAUGUUGGGCUGAUUGGGAGGGGUUAUCCAAAGCAGAACCUGUGGGACUGUUUCACUCACCAGAGCCUGGCCAGUGUCUUGCAGCGGUGGGGGCACGUAUUUGACUCCUGCCUUCCUGGCUGUGAAAGACUGCUUGAAACUGUGUAGGCAACAUCUCAGGAUCCAAAGGGAACACUGAAAUAAUAUUUCCACUGGUUGAGGGAGUGGAAUAGCUUCUGGUCCCUUCCAAUGGUUAGCAGCACCAAAAUAAAUUAAACAAAAUACCUCAAAACAAAUUCUGCAAAAUGAGAGGACAGAAUUCUGCCGCCCCCCCCUUUAAUGCAAAGUGCCCUAGGCAGAGUUUGCAUCCCAGCAUUCUCUGCCACAGUACAAGGAAUAAUGGGGGGCACCUCCUAAGUUGGACAGUUUAGGUGCUUGGAACACCAGAUAUCUUGGGCUGGCUCUGAUGGAAACUGGAAUAGCACCUGAGAUUUCCUGGGAGUCAUCAAGCUAGUAGCAUCAGGUUUUAAACUUGCUAAGGCUUUUUACAGCUCUCGCGUCUUGCAGUAUCCUGAAGUUUUGGUCCUUUUGGCCUGCUAUGAUGAUGCAUCUCCACCUCAAGGUAGCUCACAUAGUUCCCCUCCAAAUGUUUUUGGCUCCCCCAGCCAGCAUGGCCAGUGUUCAGAGGUGAUGCGGGUGUUGCUGUCCAAAUCACUAGCUGCCCCUGCUUUUAUGUCUUGCUCUUGGUUAGGUCACCGGGGAGCCUUUGAUACGCCGGUCAGAUGACAACGAAGGAGCUUUGAAGACUCGUCUGCAGGCUUACCACACCCAGACGUCGCCGCUGGUUAACUACUAUAGCAGGCGUGGGAUCCAUACGGCUGUGGAUGCUUCCCAGUCCCCUGAUGUGGUUUUUGCCAGCAUCCUGGCAGCUUUCUCAAAAGCAACAUGUAAAGACCUGGUUAUGUUUGUUUAAGGCUCUCCUGUCUGAUGCUUCCUUCUCCUUUCCUGUCUUCUGGGGUCUGCAAGAGCAAGCUCUGUAGGAGAGGUGCCAAGUUGCAAGGGAGGAAGGCUGUUUAUAUACUGUCCAUUAAACGGAAAUGCCGCGCUUUCUCCGAUUUGUAUGCAUAUAUUUUUUGAAGAGCUUGUGGGCUGUGUGCAGGUGGCCUGCAGGGGGCGCAGCGGCUUCACGCUCCGCUUUCUGGAACCUGGGAACUAGGCUGCUGCGCCUGUUCAGUCAAAAGUGAAAGCGCUCUGCUACUCAUCUUGGCGACAGGGUUAAACUGGAAAAUUGCUGCCGCUUCUCCUGUUCCGCCUACAUGUCGGGUGGCCUGGUGCGAUGUUGUAGGAGUUCUGAAGGUCACAAACUAGCAGCUGUGGGCGGGAAGCAAAGUUGCUGGCUGGCCUUGUCCUAAGUCCUUGGCUCUAAAACUGCAGGAAAUUAAAUGCCAUGUCAGCUUAAAGAGGGGGUGUGCAAAAGCAGCACAGAUGUGUGCACCUGUGUGAAGAGACAUGGGCACAUCCUGUUCUUCCAUGGGCCAAGCGGAAACUCUACAACCAGCACAUCACUCGAAGUGCGGUGCAUAUCCCAUACUUCUACAACUUCAUGAUGAAAGCCUGAAAUAGGAAGCGCAUAUGUGGAAGCAUCUACUCUGCAUAACUUCUUCAUAACUUUUGUGUGUGUGCUUGUGGCUUAGUAUAUUAAUGUACAAGCCAUAACUUGCAUAAGAUGGCAAAAUGAGGACUGGUUUGACAAGGUGAGAAUGCAGACGGAGGGUUCCUAGGCUUUGUGCUGAAUUGUGCCACCGUGGGGCAAAGGUGCAAGACAAUCAACACUCCCUCCCAUUUACCUUCUUCUAGCAGGUUAGCGGUGGCGCCAGAAUGUGGGCCAGAUUGUAUUUGUGGUGAAGAAACUGAAAACCCACUUAACAAUGGUCUGGCAGAGCCUGGAUGCUGUUGCCCUGUAUUACUGGCACACUUAAUUUAUUCAUGAGAAUUGACUUUGUAUUCCGCUAAGGCAGCCUUUUUCAACCUGGUGCCCUCCAGAUGGUGUGGACUGCAACUCUCAGCAUGGCUGGAACUGAUGCGAGUUGUACUCCAAAAUAACAUGGAGGCAGGGGGCACCAGGCUGGGGAAGGCUGCCUGGGAGUGACCCUGUUCUUGCCUCUCAGUGAGGUGAUAUGGAAAUGGAGCCCCUGCUCUCCUCUUUGCAAUCUUGCUUUGAAGCAGCCUCGUUGUCCUCAUUCAGACUUGACCUGCCUUUGUGAUAUCCUUGAGAUGCACUUGAGUUUUCUUGAGAUGAGCGGCAAUGUUGCUGGCGUGCAGAGGGUGGGGGGGGGACUCUGAUUUCAUAAUGUGCUUCCAUCUGCGGGGCUCAUCAUGCCAGCUUACAGCUAUGUUGCUCGCCUUCACCUGGCUCUUGUGGCUGCCGGGGUCUUUUCCUGUGUUUUGCUGCAACACAAUAAAGGUGCAAAUUCUAGCAUGCGUGGAUGUUGCUGCCUACCUCUGGGGUCACAUUGAUAUCUGCCAGUUAGCCUCACAACCUUCCAGCUCUCUUGUCCUUGUGUAUGUGUAGCUGACUUGAUAGAUCAGGGACUGUAAAGUAUAGAGUGCCCUUGGCGGGUGGGUGUGGGGGGAGGGAAGUCAUUGUGCCUGUCCACUGACCUGUGUCCUUGUCUUUUUCCACUUCUCUCUUUUUAUCCUUCCUUUAAUUGUUCUUACAUUGUUCUUAAAUGCAUUUUUGCUCCCAAAUGACUCUUCUGAAAGACCUGUGCUCCUCUUUUGAUUAAAUAGGCUGAAAUAGUAUUUUGCUGUGCAAGAAACGCAGCAGUGAGAAGAACACUUUAACCCAUUGAACUGCAGAGUAUAUUGAGAGGCAUUUUGCAGCUUUGAAAAAAGAAAAUUCACAAUGGAAAUUAUGUAGUUUAGUUGAAAAUAUUUGCUUGUUUGAUGGCCUGAUAACAGUCCUGAAAUCUAAAUUGCCUCGUCUCACUAUAUUAUCUGAAGGCAUUGGGGAGACAUACCAUUCUCACCCCUCAAAAUGUUUUGUUUUGUUUUUGUAAAGUUUUUCUCAGAACUGAUGUUUGAUGGUAUUUUCUCAUGGGAUUCAAAAGAAUGGGACUUGAUUAUACCUUCUCAAAAUGGUGAUUUAUUGAAAAGAGAAUCUCUUUCCAAGAGGAGGCCCAUUUCACAGAAUUUGUGAUUUUAAAAAGACCCAUUCAUCCCAUGGGGUUGCAGCCCUUUCCCAUUUGCAACCAACUUAUGGCUGCUCUUGCCUUAAUCUCUUAUUCAAACAGAGAACUCUACUCAGGUGCUUAGGUUUCUGGGGGCACAGAUUGCGUGGCUUUGCUUGGAGACGGAUGCAACUGAAUCAAGCUUGCAAAUCACCUGGUCCAAGGCUUGCUUUUGUUGCCGUCUCUGAGACACUGAUGGUGCCUUGUUAGUUUAAGAUUAUGAACAAUCCCUUGAGCGUAAGCAGCUUUGGUCUGUACACUGGGAAUCCUUUGAGGCUUUCUAAAGGAAGGCCGUUAUAAUCUAAUAGUGAAGGGAGAGCUAGUUUUCCUGUAGGGGAUGGAGGUUUUAUUAAGAGAGCCUAAGAACAAGAACUUCCCAACAAGGACAGGCCAGUCCAUUUAGCUCCAUUGCAGCUGCCAGUCCGUUCGCCACCCACCAUCAUCCUUAUUGCUCUUUUGUUUUUAAUUUGCAUUGCAAGCUACCCUGGGUUAAAUAUUAUGAAGGGCAAUACACAAGUGUGUUAAAUACCCCAAGCCUCCGCCCCUUGAUUUCUUAUCAUCCCCUCUCUGCCUGCCAUAAAGAAGUAUUCCUUUUGAGUUCUUAAGGACCAUUUCUCUUUUUUUUAUAUUUUGUCUUCAUUUCAGCCGCAUGAAUCCAGGAGGUGGACGAGACAGGACAGAACACCAUCGAAUACUGCAUGUUCGUCACCCUCACCCUUUUGCCCUCAAGCCAAGGGGGCAAAGGAAGGGCGGGCAAGGAAAGGGGCAGGAAGCACAAGGGGUAACUUGACAGGAAUUUUGUUUUAAGAAAGUCAAACCAGAAUUUAGGGAGGAAAAUGUGUACUGUAUUGUGUUGAAAUGGGCUUGUAAAGGCUGGAUAUCACCAUAGCUCUGACUCUAGACAGUUGCAUUGUAAAAAUUUAACUUGGCAGGGAGGGGAAGCUAUCUUGGACCCAGUUGUUUUUCCCUGGAUGGUCCCAGUGAUUUAGGAAGUUCAUUGUAGGCACAGCGCAGAAAUUAGCAGACUAUGCACUGCAAGAAAUCCACUCAAAGGCUUCUCUAAGCCCAGGAGUUCUAGCUGUGCACAAGUCCUUGUUUCUGCUGCGCCUUUUCUCCACGUAGCCUCCAUUUGGGGUGGACAAUUUUGGCCUCAGGUAUAACGGCUCUUUCAAUCACUACGCUGCAGAGAUGCCGCAUAAUUCCUGCAUCAGCAAUUGGCAUCUGAAGUCAUCACCUUCUGGAUGGGGCAGUGCUGCCUGCUUUACUGUUCAGAGUAGUAUUCACUUAAAUAUUGAAAGAUCAUAACCAAGAACACUCCCCCUGCCCUCAAACAACUGCAGUUUCCAGUUCUUUUACUUGCCAUCCUUUUAGGGCCCACCUGCUGCUUCAAUAAAAUGGCUGUCACUUUUGUACCUGAACAAUUUUGUCCCUUGAUUUUGGGUGUGGG